GAAGUGGUCGGAACCAUAAAACUCAGAACGCUGUAAAAAGAAGGACUGAAUGACGAAGAACUCCCGCGCUAGUGGCUUACGUCAAAAGCAUAUGAUGCAGAAACAAUUCGCUUUAGUUUGUUUAUCUGUGUAGGCCCCCUUAAUGUAUCUGGUUUAGGCAAGCAAUUGACCUUAAGGUAUAUUUCGGUGGUUAAUUAAAUAACGAGAAAAAUGUGCCCUUUCCUGAAAAAGUAUAGAAUAAAACUAAGCAAGCAACCCAAUCUAACAACUACACGUAUCUUGCGUAAUGGAACUACAUUUCCCUACAGCAGCAGCGUGAUAUAACCAAUAACCAAAAUGGCCAUGGGGACGUUAUCUAGAGUUGUCAGACUGAGUUCAUGCAUCGGCAGAAGUCGGCGGUUAAUAUUUAACAGCACACAGAGACGAGGAAUAGCUUCGUGUAUUGACCCUGCUCAUGGCCUCAGCGAUGAACAGAAGGAGUUUCAGAAGAUGGCCUUUGACUUCGCAGCCCAUGAAAUGUCUCCACACAUGGCCGAGUGGGAUGAAAAGGAAAUCUUCCCGGUGGAGACCAUGCGAAAGGCUGCCCAGCUGGGGUUUGGGGGGAUCUAUGUACAGCCGGAGGUGGGGGGAUCUGGCCUGUCUCGUCUGGACACCUCGGUCAUCUUUGAGGCGUUAUCGACAGGCUGUGUCAGCACCACAGCCUACAUCAGCAUUCAUAACAUGUGUAACUGGAUGAUUGACACCUUCGGCAACACCGAGCAGAGGGAGAAGUUCUGCCCUGAGCUUUGUACGAUGGACAAGUUUGCCUCUUAUUGUCUCACUGAACCAGGCAGUGGCAGUGAUGCUGCUUCCUUACUCACUACUGCAAAGUUGGAAGGAGACCAUUAUAUCCUCAAUGGUUCCAAGGCCUUCAUCAGUGGAGGAGGAGACACAGACGUGUACAUAGUAAUGUGUCGGACGGGAGGGAAAGGUCCCAAGGGGAUCUCCUGUGUGGUGGUGGAGAAAGACACUCCAGGACUCAGCUUUGGCAAGAAGGAGAAGAAGGUGGGAUGGAACUCUCAGCCAACUAGAGCAGUGAUCUUAGAGGACUGCCACGUCCCAGUGACCAAUCGUCUGGGUCAGGAGGGACAGGGCUUCAACAUUGCUAUGAGAGGCCUGAACGGAGGCAGGAUCAAUAUUGCCUCUUGUUCUCUUGGGGCGGCCCAUGCAUGUGUACAGCUGGCGAGAGAUCACCUGCUAGUACGCAAGCAGUUUGGAGAGGCUCUCUCCAACAACCAGUUCCUGCAGUUUAAGUUGGCAGAGAUGGCAACCAAGCUAGUGGCAUCACGUCUGUUGCUACGCGAGGCUGCCGUGGCACUGCAGGAGAGCAGGUCUGACGCUGUGUCCCUCUGCUCCAUGGCCAAACUCUUUGUCACUGACGAGUGCUUCAACAUCUGUAACCAGGCACUCCAGAUGCAUGGUGGAUACGGUUACCUCAAAGACUACGCUGUUCAACAGUUUGUCCGGGACAUCCGAGUACACCAGAUACUGGAGGGAACAAAUGAAGUGAUGCGGAUGAUAAUUGCCAGAAGUUUACUGUCAGAGUCUGGAUAAAUGUAAUGCCAUGGGCCAUCCAAAAUGGACUUUCUCCUGUCUUGAAGGGAUGGUGGUGGCAGCCAUCAUGUGGCGUUUGACUGUGACUGGAUCCCUCAAGUGUCUUUUAAAGGGGGAAAAUACUAUAGCAGUUUUGUUUUUGAGAUUGCAAACAGGACGGAAUUCAAUAAUGUUAUGUAAACAUUCAAUUUAGGUGAUUUAAAUAAGUUACUCAUUGAGAGAUACAGUAUGGAAGUGGAACCACAUUAGAAAUGUAAUAUUUCUCCAUGCUGUAUUUUUUGUGGUUAAUAAGUAUUGGGGUGAAGCUUUUUGGUUGUCUUACAAUAAAAGAAACAAUGCAUCUAUAUAUAUUUUUUUACCUUCAACUAGGCAAGUCGGUUAAGAACAAAUUCUUAUUUUCAAUGACAGAGGUUUAACUGCCUGUUCAGGGGCAGAACGACAGAUUUUUACCAUGACAGCUUGGGGAUUUGAACUUGCGCUACUAGUCCAAUGCUCUAACCACGAGGCUACCCUUGCCACCCCAGAUGUAUUAGAUGGUUAGUUUGAUAUUGUGGCCUUUCAUGUGUAUUCAGUUGUGAUAACAUUUGAAACAGGAGCAAGUUUGGUUCUCAUGAUAAUUCCAGUUUAAUCCUAAAACAAAUAUCUAGGCGGGUUGGACUGACUGUAAAGUUUCAUGUAUUGUGUGUACUAUAAUAUUUGGCUCUCAAAUGUGACUGGAUUGUCAGUCAUUUACACUCAACUGACGGCACUAGAUAAGUUUAAAUGUUGUGAAUUUUCUCAGCUAGGGUACUACAUUACGAUCAGAACCAUGUUUAAAGUGUUACAACGCCUGCAUUGGACCUUUAUCUGGUAACAAUGAUGUACCUGUGAUGGAAAUUCUUGUUCGAUGCAAAAAAAAAAAAAAAAAAAUUGCUCUUACACUGAAUGGCCAUGAUCAAUUUCACAGUAUUAUUCCAACCUCAGAACACAGGAAAAUCACAUUUGACUGCACUGGGCCUUUGAGUUAAGGGAAGAAUAUUUAAAGCCCAGAAAUCUCAGCCAUUGAACAAACACAGCUUAGCAUUAUCAAUGAAUUAUACAUUCCAACUACCUAAUUAGGAUUAAUAUAUUCUUUGUUUACAUGAAUGUGAUAUAAGUUCUUAUUAGAUACGUGUACAAGUAUGGGUCAAUGCUUUAAACUUUUCCAGUAUUGAAAUUCUAUAAAAUACCUGGAUAGAGCAUGUAUGGCAGGUUUUACUGGAGUUGUAACAACUCAACAUGAACAGUUGGCCUGAGAAGACUGUGUCAAGGAGGACUAAGGGAGGAGUGUGCUUUACUGUAUAUCAGGUAUUUGCAUGAAGUUAAAUGUUUAACCCAUCUCUAUGGGAAGUGAUGUGCGUUCUUGAGCAUGUUCUCUCCCAGACAACACCUCCCUUAUCAAUAACUGGCAUAACAAUUUUAAACAAUGUAUAUAAGUCAAACCUGUCAAAUACAGUGCAUUUGGAAAUCAUU